GAGCGGCUAAGAAUGAAUUGAUAUUUCACUUCGAAGUGUUUCGAGGCAUUUCGAAGUAUUUAGAAGCUUUCUCAAUUUUUUUUUUUUUUUUUUUUUGGCUACCUCCACGUUGUCCUUCUUUUCGCCCCCACUUUGUGAUACUCGUUCAGCGGCACAUUUUUGUCUCAUUUGUCUGAAAGUACAUUUACCUUUUACUCGAACUGGCACUCAUCCCGACGUAAGUCCCACAAGUACACGCGAGGAUAAGUAGCGGUACGAACGGUUAGGUAUACUCCAACGCACGCAUGUGCACGCCGAUAAGCAUACACAGGAAAUUUCUGAAAAUCCCCGAGCUGGUCAAAAUGGAAUGCGUCAGGAAGGAAGAGCACAAAUACAAGUUGGUGAAACUCAUCGGCAAGGGCACCUUUGGGAAGGUCUACUACGCUAUUGACCUGUGCACGCAGGAGCCGGUGGCGAUUAAGCGGUCCCCCAAGUGGAGGAACAAAGUCUCGAGGGAAGUCGACCUACUGCAGAAGAUGCAGCAUAGCGAAAACAUCGUAAAUUUAAAAUCCAUUUUUUACACCACGACGGAGAAGGGCUUUCGUAUACAGAACAUUGUCUUCAAGUACAUGACGUACAGCCUGGGCAAGUAUAUCCGAUUUAAGAAGCAAGAAAGGAAGGAAAACAAGAAAGACCGUAUUGCAGCGUCUGACUUAAAAACCAUCAUAUACCAAAUAUGCAAAGGGAUCAAGCACCUACACGAGCAGAAUUUAGCUCACAGGGAUUUGAAGCCGGACAACAUUUUGAUCGAUACAGGCUCAUCCCCAUUUAAGGUGGAAAUAUGCGAUUUGGGAUCUGCAAAAAAAGUCGAAGAAAGCAUCAUCUCUAUUCCGUACAUUUGCUCGAGAUGGUACCGGGCGCCUGAGCUGCUAUGCGGCUCCAUGUAUUACACGACGGACGUAGACCUAUGGUCCCUGGGGUGCAUAAUUUUCGAGCUGAUAAACCUCUGUCCCCUGUUCCCCGGGAAGUUCAAAAAGGACGACAUAUCCGAAGAAUGCUCACAAAUUAUAAAUUUAAUUGAAGUGUUGGGAUCCCCUAGAAUGAGUUUUUACGAAAGUAUAAAGGGCCAAACUAGUAACAGGAAUAAUCGCCUCAUUAAGGAACUGUGCGGACUUAACAUUCGGCCCCUGUCCUGGAGCUCCAUCCUGGGGGGCAUCUUGGAGGAAAGGUUAAAAUAG